CGCCCUGCCCCGCGCCGCUGCCGCCGCCGUUCCGUGUCAGUCGUUGUCCGGUAAUGGCGGAGGGCCGGCGCCGCUGAGGGAGCGCGCGUCGGCGGGCUGCGGAGCCGAGCUCGGGACGCACACUCUCUGCUUUCGCGGGAUGCCCCGGGACCCGGGCGGUGGGCGGCGAGGAACCGCCGCCACCAGAUAAAUUGACAUGAUGUGGACCAACAAGUCCAGUGAGGUGGCUCAGCAGAAUCCAAGGCAUAACCAAGCCAAGGAUUCGACCAGAGAUCCAACUGCAGCAUGGGCUACUCCUUCUCAGACUAAAGCUGCUCUACGGCACAUAGAGAACAAAUUGGAAAUAGCUCCCACCAGCACAGCUGUGUUUGAUUCUGUCAUGGAUGCUAAGAAGCCCUCUGCUAGUGCCGGCAGGAAAACAAACAGGAAAGCUUCCCGGUCUUCCAGCCAAACUAAACCAGGCAAGGAGAAGUCCUCACGCAGUCCUCUUCGAGCCACAACCCUUGAAAGCAAUGUGAAAAAAAGCAACCGGGUGGAAUUUCGUGAACCGUUGGCUUCAUACAGCAGGGAUACAUUGAGUUCUCUGCCGCAUCAAGGUUCUGGCCAAGUGGAAGCCAAGCAACUUCUGCCUUGUUUGGACUUCUGUGAAGCAGAAGGGAAGGCUGAAGUAAUGGGCCGUGUGAUACAUGACAGAGAUGAACAGGAUCUCCACAGAAGAGAUUUUGAAAGUCCGUGUUCUUCUGCUGCAGAUGAGACUGUUGUUAGGUAUUUAAAUGAUGGACCAGCAAUUGAUGCCUUGCAAAAUAAUGAGGCAUUUCUUAAAGCUGCACCACCUCCAAGAUUGGAAGAGGAAAAAACUAGCAGCUCCAGAGGAGAUGAGGGUAACACUAAAGCUCCUCUGAGUAACAUGUCCCAAGAUGGUGAUCUGAAAGUGUCUUUCCCUUCUUCCACGAGUACUGCUGCUCAUAGGCUGGAAAUCUUGAAACGGCAGCAGCAUGAUGCUAAGCUGGAGAAGCUGAAGGAGCGGAUUCGUAAGCAGUGGGAGCUUUCUGAAGAGCUGGGUGGCAGAGGCCAGCACUCAGGAUUUGCUGAACAGCCUGUAGUGGUCACAAAUGUGGAGAAUACUGUUAUUCCCAAAGUCAGGAAAGUGGCAGCUGCACCUGCUGCUCCAGCAUACAAAGGUUUUAAUCCUGCAGAAGCUAAAAUUCGUGCUCCAGAUGGAAAGAUCUGGCAUGAGCAAGGAUUUCACGUUGGUCGGGAGCUGUAUACAGAUACAGCACUCCAGUUAACAGAGAAUUCAACAAAGAAAGAAAAACCUGGUGAGAGAAACAAAGAGAGAAAAGCAUCCAGACCGGUGCGGAAAGUUCAGAAACUGCCACAGUCGUCAAAUCCAGACUCCAAACCAGGUGGAAACUAUGUAAUAAGUGCAUCCUCCUGGCGGGAGGGACAGAAGCUAGUCAGAAAGCUACUGGGUCCAGCUCCCAAAAUAGGACACGACAGAAGAGCUGUAUCUAGUGACAGAACGGGGCGAGAGCGAACUGCCAAGCCUGGUCGUAUUGGAAGGACGGGUUCAGAUUCUAGACUGGUUGUUACACAGAAAGCCUCUUCAAGAAGUUCUGAGCGGUCGAGGAGUAAAGUACGAUCUGGGAAUAAUCUGAAGAAAAAGGAAUCUGCUCUUCCAGGUGAUACCCAAGAUGAUCAUGCCUCUGUGAAUAAGGACUUCUUGACCUUGGAGAUACGUGGAAUUCUUGAUGACUUGCAGUUGGAUUCCCUGCUUACAAAGCAGGAAAAAAAUGUGGAAAAGCAGAAUCCGAAGUCUGCUUUGCCUACUCAAAAUACCAGGAGCCACAGUCCAACCAAAAGGAAACCAGACAAGGUAGCUGCCAGUGAGGAGCCUCAAGUGAUCUCUAGGAAACGUCACUAUGAUACAGAUGAGGUUCGUCAGUACAUCAUCAGGCAGCAAGAGGAGAGGAAGAAGAAACAGAAUGAAGAGAAGAAAGCACAAAAAGAGGCAACGGAGCAGAAGAACAAAAGACUCCAAGAACUCUAUAGAAAGCAAAAGGAGGCUUUUAAAAAAGUCAAGAGCGUGCCUCCUCCUGAACCUCCAGCAGCUAAACAGUUACAAGAAACUUACUCUAAACUGUUGUUGGAACAUACAUUUUUAAAAGAGCCCUCUCAGCAGCCUACAGUGCAGGAAACACAGCCCAGACCUGGUUAUCAGCCAUCUGGAGAAUCUGACAAAGAAAACAAGGCUCAAGAGCGUCCUCCUAGUGCAUCUUCAAGUAGUGACAUGUCACUGUCGGAACCUCAGCAGCAGCAGCCACUACUGAGAAGUGACUUCAUGGAACCUUCAAGGGUACAGCCAGACCGGUUGCGCCCAAGAGUCCAGCUCUCUCAUCCACAAACUCUCAUGGACUUGAGUGGAGGCCCUUGCUCACAACCUCGCAGUCUGGAGCAGAUGGGACUUUUGUCGAAGGAAAGUGAUGCAGCAUUAGCAGGCAGGAAGAGCCACACUGCACCCACGGGUUUGCUGAGCCUCAUGGCUCAGCCGUACUUGAAUUCAACUGCUGCACAGCAAAAUCUUUUAGGAAAACACUCUGCUAACCAAUAUAAGAGUAAAUUAGAUCGGAUUAAAGCUUUAAAAGCUACAGCUGCUUCCCUUUGUAGCAGAAUUGAAAUUGAAGCCAAGAAGUUGGCUGGGGCUGGUCUCAAUUUUGGUGCCAUGUGGAAAUUGGACCAUGAAUUUGUGCAAGAAAACCAGGAUGACAGACGGUGGGCAAAGGCUGUGAGUCCUCCUGUGAGGGAGGAAAAUGAAGGUGCUUUUUCAGCCAGAAUUCAAAAGAUGCUGGGUACCUGUGUGUCUCACACAGCCUUUGAAGACAACCUUCCUGGAGUAGGCAACCUUGGUGAAUUUAAAAAGCUCCCUGAGACAAUCAGGCCUCAUACUGCCGCAGUCAGCCUUGGAAUGAGGUCCCCCACUGGACAUUUGUCUAAGAGACUGGCUGAUUCCCUGGGACGUGAAAACCAGGCGUACGGUCAGAGCAAAGCUGUAAUUCCUCGAGAGUCCAGCAUUGACUCCGUCAGCGAAGGGCCUCUCCUGUGUGACGAAAGCCUCUCUGAGGAGGAGGGAGACCAGCACAAACAGCUGCCACUGAAGAUUCUGGACACAUUGAAAGAGAGAGAUUUCUGUGUUCGGGAGAGGAAUGCUUUUGAGCCCAUAAAAGAGUUUCAGAAAGAAGCUGAGAAGUAUCUGCCGCUUCAACCUCAGACAAGUGGCACUCACAGCAAGGGGUCGUGGGAAGAGCUAGCCAAGGGAAGCCCACACAGUGUCAUCAACAUCUUUGCAAAAAGUUACCACCUUCAUGGCAAGGUGUUUGAUGAAAGAUCAAAUGGAGGAUCUUCCCUUCUGCGCCCUUUACUCCCUGCCGUGAGCCCACCAGAAAGCAUGGUUUCUUAUGAGGAUGACUUUGACUAUUCACCAGGAAGCAGCACUUUAACAGACAAAAAGAUUGCACGUGACCUCAGUCUGUUCCAUUUUAGUGUUGCAAGCAGCAGUAAUUCAAGCAUUCAGGAAGAGCUUCCUAGUGGGAAGUCUCCCCGUGAAUCUCGAUCUGUCGAACUUGCAUCUCAGCAUUCAUCUGGACCCAGAUCUGCAGCAUCUUCUCACUCAUCUACUUCAUCUAAAAAGAGAGGGAAAAAAGAACGGUUGGAGUCUUUCAAUGGAAGUUCUCACCACAUUCCUGUGGGAGAAGAUAAAAUUCAAUCUGAACUGGAGUGGGGAUCCCAACAAGCAAAGAAGUCCGUAUCGAGUAGCAGACUUCCUAAUAAAGACUAUGAGCAGAACACGGAUACUGACAACACAAUAGAAAAUUUGUCUGGACAAUCCAUGUUGAGUUUCUCAGACAGAGGAAGAUCUCAGAAGACGCCAACUUCUUCCCCAUCUCCAAGUUCCCAAAAAAUUAUGCAGUUUGAUUCUGUAGUCAAUACAGCGGAGAGAGCCAAGUCACCUUCUGGCUUUGCUGGAAGCGCAGCAUCGGGGCAGAAGCCUAACCUAGCCUUCUCUGACUUGAGUCUGGGAGCUAGUAGACCUGCAGCAGGAGUAGCCUCAGCGAGUGGAUGUAUGCGAUUCUCCCCUGCUGCUCUUCAGCAUCGUUUGUCAGCAGAAUUGAACUACCUUACUGCCAUUGAAGAGUCUGUGCGACAGCUUUCAGAUGUGGAACGAGUACGAGGCAUAUCACUGGCCCAGCAGGAGAGCGUUUCUUUGGCUCAGAUUCUAAAGGCACAACAGCAGCGUCAUGAAUGGGACGUAACUCUUUUGAAAAUGAAGGCUGAACAGGAAGCUUUAAAAAAUAAGAGACAACUGGAAGAGGCAAGGCAGAAGGCAGCUCAGGCCCAAGCAGAGACACUGCAUCAUCUAGUCCAAUCACGACAGGGGGCCGCAGAAGUGCUUCAGGAGACCAGGUGCAAGGCUGCAGCCAAGCAGAUGGAAACUGCACUUUUCACUGCAGAUACGGGCCACCAGGUCCGUGAGAUGAUGGAGCUGGCACGAACCCAGAUCUCAGAUACUGUCAGUGCUCCAGCUGCUCCAGUCACCACUUUGUUUGACCACCAGCGGCAGCAUCACUCAGAGUUCAUGAAACAACUGAGAGCCCGACCUGAUACAAACAGGAAAUGUGAGACCGCUACCAUGUCACAAAGUAAAGAGGCAGGUGACUCAAAACAGACUUACUCACUGGCAUUUGAUAGUUAUUCAGAGUCCUCGAGAUCAAAGGUUCACGAUCGGAGUAGUACCAGCAGUCGCCAAGAGAGUCCUUCUGUUCCGUCUUCUAAAGAGAAUGAGAAAAAACUUCCCCAUCGUGAAAAGAUAACCAGCAGCAUUGAGGAGCAGGCUCAUACUGGUGCGGACGAUUCCUUGCCUAGUGAUAGUAUUUUAUCACUGCCAGAUGAAAAAGAUUCUGCUUCCAUUGCAACUGAGUAUUCCCUGAAAUUUGAUGAGUCUAUGACGGAGGAUGAGAUUGAAGAGAAAUCUUUUCGGUCUUUGCUGCCCUCUGAAAGUCAUCGUAGAAUUAACUUGGAGAAGAAGCGCGGUAAUCGCGAUGAUUCUGAUGAGGAAGUCUCCCCAGAAAAAACUGCUCUGUCAUCUAUCAAGGAGCUAAGCAUGCCUUUCUCAGGAGGGCAAGAUAGUUUCUCUAAAUUUACUAUGGAGAUGGUAAGACAGUACAUGAAGGAGGAGGAGGUGCGAGCAGCUCAUCAGUCCUCGCUACUUCGGCUCCGGGAGAAGGCUCUGAAAGAGAAGACAAAGGCUGAGUUAGCUUGGUUGGAGCACCAGAGGAAGCAUUUGCGAGACAAGGGAGAGGAUGACAAGAUGCCCCCUAUACGAAAGAGGCAGCGUGGUCUUCUGCUGAGACUACAGCAGGAAAAGGCAGAAAUUAAGCGUCUUCAAGAGGCCAACAAGGCUGCUCGGAAGGAGAGACAGCUAAUCCUUAAACAGCAGGCAGAAAUAGAACGAAUCCGUCAGACUACAAUGAAACUGCAGGAAAAAUUGAAAUCUGCAGGAGAAAACAAGCUUGAACUUCACAGUGAGGAUGAUGUCAAGCAGAGCAAUGGUUCUAGCCUACUUCUAACUGAUGCAGAAACACGCAGCCCUUCUCCAAUAUCUAUCUCCAGCAGUGAGACCAGUAGCAUCAUGCAGAAACUUAAAAAGAUGCGCAGCAGAAUGGAUGAGAAACACUGCUCUCCUGUUCACUACUUCUUCUCUGUCUUUACGUCUCACCACUGGGCCUCUCUCAGUGUCUGUUUUCCCAACCUCCACCCCAAAUUCCAGCUGUAUAUCUACAACCAAUUGGUCAGGUUCCUAACUAAACGAGAACAGAAGCUGAUGCAGCGUCGACAGAAUGCUGAAGAACUGUUGGAGUGGAAACGCCGCCUGGAUGCAGAGGAAGCAGAAGUACGGCAGAUAGAAAAGCAGGCUUUGGCUGCCUGGGACAAAGAGCUGCUUAAAACCAAAGCGGCCAAGAAAGACCUGGGGGAUCUGAGAGCUGAGCCCAAAGAAACAGCCAGUGAAGAAGAGUCUCCAGUGCCUUCUUGCUCUUGUGUGAACAGUGAAAGCUCGGUCCCAGAAGAGCUUGGCAGUCCAGCUGCAGAAUCCGUCCCAUCAGCGACGAUGGGCCAUGGACAGCCAGAAAGCCCAGAUCAGAGUGCAGUUAAUGAAGACAUUAUUUAUUCUGAAGACUUCAAGUCUUCUACCUCACCUGACAAACUUACUCCUCCCAAAAGCAGCAUAUCUGUAUCAAGGCAAGAUUCCAGCAAAGGCAGCCAUAGAUCUGGGGGACAGCUCCGUUCUCCUGUGAAGUCUCAUCAGAUAUCUCACAAUUGGUCUGAUGAGUCUUUAUCUAUGACACAGUCAGAAACAACUUCUGAUCAAAGUGAUAUUGAAGGACGGAUCAGAGCCCUGAAGGAUGAACUACGGAAAAGGAAGUCUGUGGUUUACCAGCUGAAAAAGGAACAGAAAAAGAGGCAAAAGGAAAGACUGAAAGCACAGGAGGCCAGUCUGAUCAAACAACUGGAGUCAUAUGAUGAGUUUAUCAAGAAGACUGAAGCAGAGCUGAGCCAAGAUCUGGAGGCAUCACCCACAGCCAAACCUCAGAUUAAAACUCCAUCCUCUGCUGCUGCUGAAAAACCUAAGAUCAAGGCACCACCACUCCAUAGGCCAGAGACAGCUAAAAACUGGAAAUCACUGACUGAAUCAGAGAGAUCAAGAGCAUCUUUGGAAUCCAUUGCAGAGCACGGAGAUGUUGUAUCAUCAAAAACUGAGAGAUCUGUGUCUUUGCACACUAAGAAGGAGGCUGUGACAGAUGUUCACCCAGAAGAACCUUCUGGAACAUCUUCGUCAGUUUCAAUGCCACCAAGUAGUUCCAGAGCAGGAUUUGGUGAUUCCCUAGAGAAGGUGUCCUCAUCAUCUCCUCUCAAAGACAUAAAAGACAUAAGCAAGAUAUCCCAUGGGUCAGUAAGCACUGUGGAAAGUGUAUCCAAGGAGGAGGAUGUCCUCAGUCACAAAUCUGAGAUAUCGGAGAACUUGGAAUACAUAAAGUCAGAGGAAAAUGAGCUUGAAGAUUCUCAUGUUAAGUCUCUGGAACAUUCAGAUGUCUUGUUAACAUUAGAUAAAAAACAGGAGAGAUCACUGGACAUCCUUCCAGAGAAAAUCCUCCAUUCCAAAAACGAACCUUCUCUAAAGGAACCUUUUUGUUUGACUGUGGAAAGCCUUCAUGGUGGGAAAGAAAUCUUAGAAGAGAGACUGGCAGACAAAGAUGCUGCAACUGUCCCAAGCGUAGAAGAAUCUUCUCACAAACUGAGCAUAUCAGCAGAAGAAAAAGAUAAUCUGCUUUCAAAACAUUUGUGCAUUCAAAAGGAGUCAUCAUACAUUGAAGACUUUGAAGGAUCCUCUUCCAGGAAACAGCCAUCAAUUGAAGAAGCACUUGCUGUGGAAGAAUACGAAGAUGAUUUUGAAGCAUCUCUCUCAUCUCAGGGGGGUCAAGGGGACUCUCAGUCACUGCAAGAGCAGUCCCUGCUCACACAAACCAGCAGAAGCAGAUCCACCAGCAGAAGCAGAUCCACCAGCCUUGGCAGCGAUGAUGAAAUCAGUGAAUGCCUCAGUGACAGAUCUCUCUCUCUCUCUGGCAGCGUGCAUUCAGAGAGGUUAUUAGAACUUAAGUCCCCGACAGAACUUACAAAAAAUACUGAAUGCAGAGAUGCGGAGAAAGAUCAAGCUGCUGUUCAGUCACCACUAUGGCCCUCUGUUUCAGUGACAGAAGAAAUUGAUAGUUUGCCAAACUUCAGCAUAGAUGAUAGGGUACUUGUAAGUAAAGUCCAACCUGGAACAUUGCGAUUCAGAGGUGUGACUGAGUUUGCCAAAGGGAUUCGGGCUGGUGUGGAGUUGGAUAAGCCUGAAGGGAAUAAUGGUGGAACUUACGAUGGUGUUAAAUAUUUUGAUUGCAAAGAAAAACAUGGUAUUUUUGCUCUUCCCCAAAAAAUGUCUCACAUUACAGAAAGUAUUGAUAGCCAUUUAGAUGCACAUGAGUACGAAGACUCAUCCUUUGAUGAUAGACUGGAGAAGAAAGGUAAAAAUGAGCAGAAAGACAAAGGAAUUUCCAAAACUAGCAAGGAAGAUGAAAGCCAAAGCAGAGAUGCAACAGAGACCUCUUCUCAAGGUAAAGCUGCUGCAGACACAGCUGUUUCAGAAACCUCAGCUGGAAAAAACAUUGAUGAGGUCUCAUUUUCCAAAGCAAAUGGCAUAAGGAUUUCUGUAGCUGCCAAAUCCUUUGCCCAAGAGCAGUCUGUGGUGGCUUAUCUGAAGCAUGCUGUAACAGAGGAAACCAGCCUUACUCCUCCCAUUUUUGAUGUCACAGAUAAGUUUUCCAGCGUUCAGUUGGAUGACAUCUCAGAUUUCUUUUCUGAAAAGUUGGAGAGACAGAAAACACUGGGAGAAGAAUGUUGUGAGAAGUUAAAUGAUCUCUCUCCUGGAGUUGUGGAGAAGCCUGCAACUCCACUUCUGGAUUUGCUGACAAAAGAAAAGAAUCAAUUAGAAGCUCAGCUUAAAAUACCAUUUGAAGAGGAAGAAAAAUCCAAAAACCAACUGGAAAAGGUCAGUUUGCUCACAGACAGUCUGCUUAAAGAUUUUGUGAAAGAUACAGUUGACCAGUUGCAGCAAAUAAAGAAGAUCAAGAAUGAGAAAAUCCAGCUCAGCAACCAGGAGCUCUGUGAUGCAAAGCAGCACUGCAGUACCCCAUUGCAGGAGGUAGAAGAGCAGAUUUCUGAUGGACUGGACAAUUUUUUUCUAAGUUCGGACUUGGAAGAUGACAGAGAAGAACUUUCUUCCCCAGACAUGUGCCCCAGACCAGAGAGCCCGGUGUUUGGUGCCAGUGGUCAGGAAGAGCUUGCCAAGAGGCUGGCGGAGCUGGAGCUCAAUCGCGAGUUCCUGAGUGUGCUGGGAGAUGAACAAGACUGGUUUGAUGAAGACUAUGGCCUAAGUUCCCGUAAGGUCCAGCAGAAGCAAGCCGAGGAACCAGCGGUGCUGCCCAAGGUAAAACCAGAGAAAAUUCCACCAAAGCCAUGCGAGGAGCUUUUGGCAGUUCCUCAUACUGCGGCUGAGGUGGAAAGUUUGGUGCAUGCAGCAGCUGAGGAACUCUGGAAACUGAAAGAGCUGGGUCACGAUCUUCAAAGUUUCAGCUUUAACACUGACUUUACCACUACCAUCAAAGACUCGAUAAACAAGCAGGUCUAUAAAAAGGUGGUAUUUGAUUUAACAAAAGAGAUCUUUGGGGAAAUCUUUGCUGAGGAUCCUAAUCUUAAUCAACCUAUUUGGAUGAAACCAUAUCGGAAUGCGUCUGCUUACUUUCGCCGAGUGAAGGAUCCAAAUGAUUUGGAUGAGAUCAAGAACUUCAUUGCAGCUGAAGUACUGAAGCUUUUUAGUCUAAACAAAGAGCCUAAUAACAAAACAGACUGGCAGAAGAUGAUUAAAUUUGGGCGGAAGAAACGAGACAGAGUGGAUCAUAUAUUGGUGCAGGAACUCCACGAGGAGGAAGCCCAGUGGGUGAAUUACGAUGAGGAUGAACUGUGUGUAAAAAUGCAGUUGGCAGAUGGGAUCUUUGAGACCUUGAUCAGAGACACUGUUGAGGUACUGAGCCAGGUAAGUGCAAAACAGCAGAGAUGGCUGCUUGUGUGAAGUGCCGAAAAUAAACCUCUAGCUGCAAGCACUGAGGCACGGGCCUUUUGACUCCUGAUGUACUCUCCACCCUGCAAGCAUUGCUGCUGGACUUCCUCGUGUGGGUUUUAAAGUUGGCUCAGAUGCGACUACAGGAACCUAAAUUUGCAUCCUCUGCCACAAGAGACCUUGCACUGGAUUUGUUGUCUGGACAAGCUGGUCCCCCGCUGAGGCUGCGUUGUGGAGUGCUCAGACUGUGUGCCAACGCAGUUAUGCCAUGUAACUGUCAGCAGCUGUCUGUGCUCCUUGCCUGGGGCUUUGACUUUCAGCCCAUGCCCUGAAAGGGCUGGGUUAAGUUGGGAUAUUGGUUAUUUUGUUGGAAUGGCUGUCAGUCAUCAGUACGAGAGUUGUCUUAAAACGUGAGUAAUUUGGAGAAGAAAUGAUUUGGUAAUAUUUUAGGUAUAAAUGAUUUACUGUACUGAACAGUGUUAAAACCUUAACACCUCUUCUCCUGCAGCCCUAACAAUGUGCAUCAAUUUCUUCUGCUCCAGAGCCCGGUUAAUUCCCUUUCCUGUGAAGUUGUUUUUCAUCUUUCUUCCUGUGGCGUGGUACCAGACAUGGUGCCACUCUGUCCAGGGAAAUCAGUUAAUGUUGCUUUUUGCAUUCAAGUAAAGAGUUCCUUCUGUUUUUCAUAUGUAACAUGCUUCAGUCCAGAGGUGGAGCAAGAUAGAAGAACAUGAAAGAAGAGCCCAUGGACAACUUUCCUCCAACCACGUAGCACUUCUUGACUUCCUGGAGCACCAGCUGCUCCUAGAUAACAGAUACUCAGGAUUCUCUCAGGCACGGAACAUGCAGGAGUAGCAAAUGUUUCCUUGCAAAAAUUUGGCCUUCACACCCUCAGCUUUCUCCCCUCUGGUCACCUAAUAUAUAGGAGAAGCCAUUACUUGAACAAUUUAGAGAACAGAGUGUAUUCACCAAAGAAAGCAGUGCUUGACCGACUGCAUGUUUUGUGCUUGUGGGCUUUUUUUUUUUUUUUAAUUUAUUUUUAGGUAAUUUAUUAAGUGGGUUAUAGGAGAGUGUCCUGUGCAGUUGGUUGUGCUAUCUUAUAUUUUGAGACAGACAGAUUUGAGAAAAUGCCUGUUCUGGGAACUUCCGGGGUCUGCAUUCUUUGCUCAAGUCCUCCAGCUUCUUGAGAUGGAUACAAGGAAGAACCAAACCUCAGUGACUAGGGGUGGACAACAAAGGCAGGACUAGGAAUGGAGCUCCUCUGCAUCCAGUUCAGAGACAAGGGGAGAGUUAAGGGGGCUGAGCUUGAUGUGAAACUUCCCUGCUGCAUCUGUUUCUUUUCUUUCCCAGACCUGCUAUGUCACGGGCAGCCAUUAGUACGUGUUUCAUUCAGUGCUGGGUUGAACUGCAGUGUCUUUCUGCCAAGUUUUCUUUCCUAGUCUGCCCCUCCCACUCUGGUGUUUUUCUUGGAUGGACGCAGACAAUCUGGGGUUGAAUGCUGAUGCCUUAAUAGUGGAUGACACUGUUAACCUGGGACGAGAUGCAGGGGAGAGUCAGAUUCUCUGGGCAGCUGGAGUGCAGAGAGAUGCUUUGAAGCACUUUAGGAGGUCCCGUAAGGAUGCUGCUGCCCAUGAUAGGGAUGGUGGGGGGGGGAGGAAGUACCUUUUUCUUUGAUCUGCUUGGUCCUUGGGCUUCUGGGCUUUUACUGUGCAGACCUCUGCUCCUGCUCUGUUACGUUUUCUCUUUUCCGCUUUCUUUUUUUGAAAGCUGUCAUUGGAAUAUUUGCAUUUUGCACAACGACACGUGGCUGGUAAUUCUUCAGGGACAGCACUGGGAAAUGCUAGACUUACCAGAGGUCCAAGCAAACUCUCAGAUGUAGUAUUGCCAGCGCCUCGCUUGCGAGUUAAUGGGGAGCCGUGUUCAUGGAAGCUUAAUAAGUGGAAGAACAGAGGAGCUAAUGGCCUGUAGGAACAGCUCCAACGGGGCACAUGCACAUCUGUCCUGCAGCAGUUGCCUUCCUGGCUGGCUGAAAGUCAAAUGGUCUUGGUGGAGCCACGUUCAGCCUUUUUUUUCCCUAAGUGACUCACUUGUCCAUCUAAAGUGUCGUGAUGCUGAACUGUGAAAUUCUGGGCUGCUUAAAAUAGAAGCAAACUGAAGCUGCUGCAUUUAACCGGCAUGGUGUCACUGAUUGGGUCACUGCUGCAGAUUCCCUUUCCUGGGUGUAUCUUUUUCAAUAGAGUCCAUUGUUAUUUUUAUAGGUAGCAAUUAGGAAGGGAAGGCAGAAACCCACAACACAGCUCUGUGGCUGGAGUAUCAGAGACAUGCAGCUGGCUUUUGUCCCCUGAGUACCAUGACCAGUGCUGAGGAGGGUGCCAGGCAUCAGAAGGCUCUCCAGCUGUCCUCUGGGGCUUCUCUGGAAUAUCCAGCAGCAGGAGAAGGUUGUGCAGCUCACCUGCCAGGGACCUUUGGAGGUCGUAUGCCUGCUGUCUGACUGCUAUGGAUCAGCAGUAGAUCAGUGCCCUCACCAGAAGUAGUGAGUAGCUGUCUUUACAGCUGUUUGGACGGAAGUGAACUCUGUAUAAACAACGGCUUUAUUCCUGUGCACACAUCACCUUUUCUUUUUGGUAACCAUCCUUGACAGGAGCAAGCCGAAGAAGACUUGAACAUAAGUAAUUUAUCUUCUCAGUACCUCACGUGUGUUGAGCUUCUUCUAGUUGAGAGUGUGCUCAAUACCUCGGGUGUGUUGAGUUCCUUUUGGACCGGUGAUGACGGUGACGAAGCGAUGGUCUGCCUGGGUCGUGUCUGAUAACAGGUAUGGGGGAGCCUGGAGUCUUAGGAGCAGAGGCUGAGUUCUGUACGUCUUUCCCCUCCCAAACUUCCUACUUAGAAGAACAAGAUGAUACUGCUGGGUCUCGGCUAUCAUAGCACAGCCACAUUAGGAGCUUCAGGGCUGAGAGGUUCUCCUGUAAGCUCCUGCAGGCAGCGGCUGCUGGCACUGGGGGACGUAGUUCCCUUUUGGAAAGGAUCUCUGCGCCGUUUGGAAAGCCCAGCUGCCUUUUGGAAGGGGGAAUGAGGGAUUGGAAAAUCCCAUCUUGUUCACUUUCCUUUCUUGAAAAAGUGGCCUUAGCUUUUUGCAAUACUUGAAUAAGUGUGUAGCUGCAGAAGAUCUUCAGUAGCACAGAGAUAGAGACCUCUUAGGUGACUAUUCUGCACGGAACUGAGUGCAGUUCUGACUUUCAUAUCCCUUUGCUACCUUCAGAACAUUAGGAAUACAGAGUACUUUUCAGCAGAGAAGCAGUUGGAUCUUAUAAGGCAUUUAGUGCAUCUGAAGUGUUUACAAACGGACUGAAAUGGAGAAAAGCAAACUAGUGAACUUAUUUGUAAUUUAAACGCGAAAUGCGAAAAUAUAUACAGAUGAAAGAGGAAUACUGUAAUUAACCUGCGUUUAAUAGUUUGUUUCCUUGACUUUGCAGAGCCUUUUGAUACACACUUGCAAAGCCGCCUUCUGGGAGGCUCUGUCUCCCCAUGUACUGUGUUGUGGAGAUACUCAAAGGAAACCUGUUUACUGUGUACAUGUAAAUAACCUGGUCACUUGGUUCUUGGGCCAGUUUCUGCAGACGUUCACAUCCAGAGCAGUUUUGCACGGUAGACAGACCCAAGGAUGCGGAGGCGUUUUUGUAAUUAAGAGCUGUAAAAUAACCAGGGUGCUCCCUGUGUACACCAGUGUAAAUAUCUUUGGUAACUGAAAUGUACUUUAAGAGAACAAAAUCUGUAAAUAAACUGAUUUAUAAAUUAA